AGUAAGAUCAUUACAUUAGUGAGAUUUGGCAUCGGCGCGUUCUCGUAUCAGUUAUAAAGCUUAUCUCUAGUUGUUCUAUACUUCUAUCAGUGUCAGUUUCAGGCUGGUCACUACAGAAUAAAGUGUGGGCUUUGUUUCGUAAGGCUGUACAGGAAAAUUUGCAAGAACCCGGUAAAUCUUUGCGGGCAUGGAUGGCAAUGCUGUAGCCUGCUGCACAAUAAAAAGUCAUGCUAGCCAGCAAAAUAACUGAGAAAUUCCACUGAUGACCUACAGCAGAUGUCCAUUUGAGCUGCACACAUUCCCUGCAAUUGCAUACCAAAAUAAGAAAAUUGACAAGGAUGCCUCGGAUAGUGUCACAUACCAUUGAAUGUCUGAGAAAAUAUGCGGGCAUGAUUACUGUCGAGCCAGUACUCUUUCUGUACAUGCUUGGCCUUUGUCUAUACUACCCAGUCUUUCAAGCAUUUACAUAUGAGAAGAUAUGUCUGGCCACGUACGAUCAGAAUGCAACUGUGUGCGAGGCUAUAAUAAACAGGAAGGACGUGAAUGCCAGCGUGUCCCUAAACCUCACGGAAGAGCAGCUAGACACUAUGGAGAACGAAGUUCAAACACAUUCGAGUUACUGGACGAUGUAUUUCAACAUCGCAAGCACGGUGCCGUCAAUCUUUAUAUGCAUUUACAUGGGUUCCUGGUCGGACUCGUUUGGACGCAAACCUGCGAUGCUGGCACCCUGUAUCGGGCAGUUUCUUCUCGUCGUCUCCGUACUGUUCAGCCUAUACUACAAGAACUCGUGGAUUGGCUACAUCCUAAUCGGCGUGUUUCUGUCAGGUUUUUCUGGUCAGUACGCCGCGCUGCUCAUGUCCGUGUUCAGUUACCUGGCCGACGUUACGGACGUGAAAAGUAGAUCCGUGCGAGUCGCUAUCCUGGAAGCGAUGGUGCCGUUCGGCUCGGCCUUGGGAGUUGGAUUCGGAGGCUAUCUUAAGGACCACACAAAUUACGUGACCGUAUUUAGCAUCGUCGCCAGCCUCUACGUCCUUUGCGGUCUGUACGUAGUGCUUGUCGUGAAGGACAGACACGUGCCGAGUCCCCAGGAGCCUGUUGACCAGCAAGGGGGUUUCUGUGAAAAGAUGUGCCACAUUGAGCACGUGCGCCAGUGUUUGCAGACGACGUUCAAGCGAAGACCUCAUAACCAUCGCGUCUACAUCAUCCUGCUCAAUCUCAUCAUGUUUGUGCAAGUCAUCAUAUUUGCAGGCAUAGUUGACGUCAUCUGGCUAUUCUUUAAGAAGGUCCUCAGCUGGACGCCAUCAGAGUUUGGAUAUUUCUCAGCAACACACGCUAUUCUUGUUAUGUUAGCUCUACUAAUUUUGAUGCCAGUGUUGAAACAACUGAUGAAAAUUCAUGACAUUGCAAUCGCCAUCAUGAGCAGUUUUUUCCGCAUGGCUAGCCUUCUGUUGUUGGCCUUUACAACCAACGCCUGGAUGGCUUAUGUGUCUGUGGUAAUAAAUAUACCUGCUGCACUCACACCUGCAGUGAUACGUUCCGUGUUGUCCAAGCUAGUAGCAAGUGAUGAGCAAGGAAAAAUGUUUGCCUUUCUUUGGCAUCACUGGAGGCCAUUUGCAACCGAUCGCUGUAGCAAACACUUGGUAUGGCUCUACAUGGACAUGAAGGCUGAGCCAGAGCAUGAUGACCAUUACUGCGAGGGAAGAAGGACAGGGGGAAUGAAGCAACUUGAAGAAGAUGAUGGUGAUAGAACAAUGGGGCCAGACGCCGAGUGUAUGUAA